CUGUUUUAAUAACAUUUUUAUUUGAUCACAUUUUAUUGUGUUUUAUUGUUUUCAGAAGUAAAACUUUUGGAACAGUGAUUGUUUUCAGUUUAACUUCAGAGGCAGCAUUUUAUCAUCAGAGCAGAGAUUGUGUUUAUUGCUUUGUGUAUUUGAUGUUUUCAGACAGAAUGACUCUAUAAAUGUAGAGCUCAUUUUUCUGCUGUUUUGUUUUUGCUCGCCAGCUUUUAAUUUCUGUGUUUUUGUGAGUCUGUUGUUGUGCAGACUUGUGACAGAGCGACUUGUUUUUCUGCUGUUAUAUUUGUGUCAGAGUCACUCUGUGUCACUCAUCGUCCUGACAGUUUUCACUCAGUCAGCGAUAUUUCAGAGCAGACAGAAUGUUGAUCCAGAGAUUAAAGCCUGAACAAAGGUCUGCAGCAGCCGUCACAACAACAAAAGGUCACAUAGUUUCAGAUGACAACAUAGAACCCGUCCCCUAUAUGACAACAGCAUGCCAACGCCAAACAUCACAACCGCAGAGAACCUGAACACGGACACAUCAGCAGCCAAUCAGACAACAGAAAACCCACAAUCAACCUUCUCUCAGACACUUUCAGACCAUUUCAUCUGAUUUUGUGGUUUAAUUAGAGUUUUCAUCAGGAUGGUUGGCAGGACUCUUCUGCUCAUUUGUAUGGCCGUUUUCGUCUGUGCAGAUGCUCAGGAUCAAUCCAGACUCUACAGGAGGCCUUCCUGUGUAGGGAUGAGCGUGACUCAGGCGUGUCCUCUGAAUUAUUCGCCGGUGUGUGGCAGUGAUGGCAUCACCUACCCCAACGAAUGUUCACUGUGUGUCCACAGACUGGAGAAAAAUGCUGACAUUUUGAUUGUGAAGGAAGGACCCUGCUGAAGAUGAUAUCAUCACACUGCUCCCUAACCAAUGACAUCAUCACCUGGCUUCUAUUUUGAAUGUAGUUGUUAGCUGUAGCACACCCACACAUGGCUACUCAUAACUCAAAAACAUUAAUUGUACAACAGUUUGUUUUAUAUUUUCAUAUCUCUGUACAGACAUUUUUCAUUGAAAUAUUUGAUCAAUAAAUACUUUCC